AUGUCCGACUUCUUUGAUUUGAGUGCAACUUCGUGUCUGCUUGACUUUCAAAAGAAAAAGUACGACCUGGUGCACUUGGAAUACAAUAGAAGCUUGGGAAGAGGUGACAAGGCCACUAGCAUGCAUGAGGCUCUGUUGCCUUCCGUCUCGACAGCGAUCGCCAUAACUUGA